AUGGAGUUCUGUAAAAAAGAAAUUCAUGAGUUGCUUCAGAAGAAAAUAAUUCGCAAAAGCAAGUCCCCUUGGUAUUGUCCUGCUUUUUAUGUCCAGAAAAAUGCUGAACUAGAAAGAGGAGUCCCAAGAUUAGUUAUCAAUUAUAAGCCACUUAAUUCAGUCUUAGAAUGGAUUAGGUACCCCAUACCUAAUAAAAGAGACUUGAUUAAUAGAUUAGGAAAAGCAGUUGUUUAUUCUAAAUUCGAUAUGAAAAGUGGUUUCUGGCAAAUCCAAAUACAUGAGUCAGAUAGGUAUAAGACUGCAUUUGUCACCCCUUUUGGUCAUUAUGAAUGGAAUGUAAUGCCUUUUGGUCUGAAGAAUGCCCCUAGUGAAUUCCAGAAUAUUAUGAAUGAGAUUUUUAAUCCUUACAGUCAUUUUUCAAUCGUCUAUAUUGAUGAUGUUCUCAUCUUUUCUGAGUCAAUAGAACAGCAUUGGAAACAUUUGCAUAAGUUUCUUCAAAUUGUCAAACAAAAUGGUUUAGUUGUUUCUGCCAAGAAAAUCAAGUUAUUCCAAACCAAUAUCAGAUUUCUUGGUUUCAAUAUCCAUCAGUCACAAAUCUCCCCCAUUGAUCGAGUCGUUCAGUUUGCUGAUAAAUUUCCUGAUCAAAUUCUUGAUAAAAGUCAACUCCAGAGGUUUCUAGGAUCUCUAAAUUAUGUCUCUGACUUUUACAAAAACCUGAGAAAACAAUGUAAGCCCUUGUUUGAUAGAUUGCAGAGCAAUCCUCCUCCAUGGUCAAAUACUCAUACUGAGAUUGUCAAGCAAAUCAAAGCCCAUGUCAAGACACUUCCAUGCCUUGGCAUUCCUUCAGUUGAUUCCUUCAAAAUAGUUGAAACUGAUGCCUCUGACAAAGUUUAUGGUGGCAUUCUGAAACAAAGAGCCUGUCCAAAUUCUCCAGAACAGAUUAGAAUUCUUGCAGGAUGCUCAAUGGCACCUAAAAAAGACAAGCAAAAAGAAUCAACCAGCCAAUCUAAGCCAUCUCAGUCGCCCUCCCAGUCGCUCCGAAUCCUUCCUUCAUCUAUGAGUCAAAAUAAACCAGAAAUUCCCAAACAGGUGGUCCCUUACCCUGGUUACCCACCAAUUUCAGUUGCCACACCAAUAUCAGUUGCCAACAAGUUUUCUGCUUUAGGUUCCACAAUUGGCCAAAUAAGCCCUAGUUACCAAUCGACCCUAAUCUUUAGUUAUGAUCCUUUCUCAGUUGAUCCUUCAGUUGGUCCCUCAGUUACCUUCAAAAAGUCAUCUCCUUAUAUGCCCAAAAGUACCUCUCACUUAUUUGUUCUUGAGCCUAUUUAUGAUAUUCAUUCUGAUCCAGUUGAAAUAGCCAAACACUAUUUUCCUCCUGGAUUCCAUUAUAUGCCUCCUAGCCCAUACAAGUCUCUCAAGUAUUAUAGAGAUAUAUUACUUGAAACUCAGUCCGUUGAAAUCAAGCCGAUAAGGGAUCGAGAUCAUCCUGAGAUCAUCCUUUAUCAUUCCCUUUAUAUCCAUAAGAUCAUAAGCCAAGAAUCCUUCAGUAGCCACCCUUAUGAGUUGAAAACCCUUCAGUCAAAAUUGCAAUAUAAUUAUUCUGAUUAUAUUGAAGCCUGGUACUCUAUUUUCCUCCAUCAAUCUGAGGAUUUUAGUCAUUCCUGGUUUAUAAAUUUUGACAAUAAAUUCAAGUCUCCUCUUCCCUUCUGGUUUCUCCACUGGUGGGAAAAGCAUGGUCCAGUUGAUGAAAUUCUGCCCAUCUCAGUUCAUGAGCUAAUUCGUCAUUAUACUAAAAAAGUCAAGUUCUCCAAAGUUGAUUUAUUUUUCCCGAAACAGUUGCUUUUUAUUGCCAGAUACAAAGUUCCUUGGAUCCUCAAAUGGUCCUACAAAGUUGCCAGAGAUACUACCAGAGUUCUUGCCCGCCAAUUCUCAGUUAAAUGGUGGGACAAAUUUGAAGUUGACAGAAUUGCCAAAUAUGUAUACAAUGAUCUGCCCCAAGAACCUAUUCCGCAUCCAAUCUCCCCCACUGGUUCGACCCGAUCUUCUCUUUCAGUUGAAGGAAAAUCGAAGACCGAACUCCAAGAAAUUGCCCGUCAGUUGAUAAUCCAAGCCUCUCAAAUGGAUGAUGAUGAAGACAAUGAUUCCCCUUCAUCGUCCAGUUGUCAGCCCAUGCAAAGCCCUGCCAAGAAAAAGUUUUGGUAUAAAGAUAGUCAAGAUCCAUACGAUGCUUAUGAUUUGAAUUCUGACUAA